AACGGAGAAGUAAUAAUGGGUGCAUUCAGGGAAUUAUUUGUCCAUAUAAUUUUGUAAUGAUUUGUUAUUGGGUUUACCAGAAAGUUCAUAGUUCUUGAAGUCUGAGUUGCGAGGAUAAGGAAAUGGCAAGUGUAGCUACGAAGGUUUGCGUAACUGGUGCUGGAGGCUUUGUGGCGUCUUGGCUCGUUAAGCUUCUUCUUUCCAAGGGCUAUUUUGUUCAUGGCACCGUUAGAGAACCUGGUAAUCACAAGUACGAUCACUUACUUAAAUUCGAGGGUGCUUCUGAGAACCUAAAGCUCUUCAAGGCUGAACUCUUAGAUUACGAGUCUCUUUCUUCGGCAAUUGUUGGAUGUAGAGCAGUUUUCCAUGUUGCUUGUCCUGUGCCCUCUACAACUGUAGCCAAUCCUGAGGUUGAAAUGAUUGAACCUUCUGUGAAAGGCACUACUAAUGUCCUCAAAGCUUGUCUUGAAGCAAAAGUGGAACGGGUUGUCUUUGUAUCUUCUCAAGUUGCUGUUUCCGUGAACCCCAACUUGUCCAAGGAUGAAGUAAUCGAUGAGUCCUGUUGGUCUGAUAAAGAGUACUGCAGAAGAACUAAGAACUGGUAUUGCUAUGCCAAAGCAGAGGCAGAGUUGCAGGCUCUGGACUUUGCCAGGAAUACUGGGCUUGCAGUGGUUAGUAUUUGUCCUACCAUAGUGUUGGGGCCUAUUUUACAGUCAACCACUGUCAAUGCAAGUAGCUUGAUUCUCCUCAAACUAUUUAAAGAUGCUGAGUCGCUGGAGAAUAAGCAACGGUGGAUAGUAGAUGUUCGGGAUGUAGCUGAUGCAAUAUUAAUGGCUUAUGAAAAGCCUGAAGCAGAGGGGAGAUACUUAUGCACUGCACAUUCUAUCAACACAGACGACUUGGUGGAGAAAUUAAGGCGUUUAUAUCCAAACUAUAGCUACCCUAAAAGCUUUAUUGAAGUAGAUGAUCGCAUAAAGUUAAGCUCAGAGAAACUGCAGAGGUUGGGUUGGAGAUACAGGCCACUGGAAGAAACACUAGUUGAUUCUGUUGAGAGCUAUAAGGCCGCAGGGCUUCUGGAAUGAAAAUAACUUUGAUUCUCUCUGUAGCGGACGCACUUUGACUUCGGAACCAAUUUGGAUCCUUUGAAACUAGUUGUUAUUUAUAUUAUUAAUAUGUAUGGAACUAACAAAUUCUAAGCUAAAAUGUCGAAAUUUUAAUUUAUAAAAUAUAAUUUUAUUUCAAAAUAACAAAUUAUAAAAUAAAAUCAUGUUUAAAUUUUAAUUUAUAUGAUGACAGCACAUCUAGAAAU